UACCCUCUCUCCUUGACUCCUCCUUUAUAUACGAGUCUCAUAUCUCUCUCUUUCUGUCAAGUUAAGCAAAUUCUUCUCUUUUUUGGCUCUCUCUUCUCUUUAUCAUCACUUCUCAUAGCUAUGGUUUCUUCAGAUACUGCUAGAAACGUGGUUGGUAUCUUUGGAAACAUCAUCGCACUCUUCUUGUUCUUAUCGCCAGUGCCAACUUUUAUUCAAAUAUUGAAGAAAAAGGCAGUGGAGCAGUACUCUCCGGCCCCAUACCUUGCCACCCUAAUCAACUGCAUGGUAUGGGUGUUGUAUGGGCUGCCCAUGGUGCACCCAAAUAGCUUGUUGGUCAUAACCAUAAAUGGAUCGGGGACAUUCAUUGAGUUUCUCUACAUUAUUCUUUUCAUUAUCUACUCGGACAAGAAAAAGAGGGUUAAACUGCUACUAAUAGUGCUUGUUGAGUUUAUUUUCAUUGCUGCCCUUACAAUUCUGGUCCUAACUUUAGCCCACACCACCAAGAAGAGGUCUAUGACUGUGGGAUUUGUCUGCAUAUGCUUUAACAUCAUGAUGUAUGCUUCACCUUUAUCCGUCAUGAAAAUGGUAGUUACGACAAAAAGUGUUGAGUAUAUGCCAUUCUUCUUAUCCCUUGCUUCCUUUGCCAAUGGUCUUGCCUGGUCUUCUUAUGCUCUCAUCCGCUUCGACCCCUUUAUCUUUAUUCCAAACGGGCUGGGUUCAGUAUUUGCAUUGGCCCAACUGGCACUGUACGCGGUGUUCUACAAAGCUACGAAAAGGCAGAUGGCAGCAAGGGAAGAGAAAAGCGAGCUGGGUUUAUCAGAGGUAGUUGUGAAUGGAGAUUCCAAGAGGACUGGCACAGGCACUGCACCUCUGAAUGGCUUAGCUUCUGAAAUCAAUAGGGCAUGAGAAGUCAAUCUAAUUAUCCAAUGGUAGGACCAUGUAACAGUCCAAUUAUAGAUACUUAUUAUUUUUAUCAUGAUUUGGGAAAGUAACAUACCAAAGGCAUUAUAAUGUGCUGUGUAAGCAGCAUAUUAGAUUUGUUUAAUUCAGUAAUUAAUUAAGAUAGAUAUAAAGAAAAGAUUUAAAUUUUUA